AUGCCCCCGUUACCUACCUUGUUACCCUCACCUAUCGAACGUUCAAUUCCAAUCCUUGGGGAAUCUCCCAAGAAAACAAGCAAGGAGACUCUUGAAGAAGAAGAAAAGGAUAAAGGCAAGAACAAUGGAAGUGUACCGUACCCUCAAAUUAUUCCAACACCGGCUCCGUAUCCUAAUCGUUUGAAGGCUUCGGCGAAACCAAAUUACAAUGUGGAGUUGCAUGAGUUAUUCAAUCAAUACAAGAAUCCGGGGAGCCCUUCUAUCGCUGUCACAAUUGGAGGAAAGCGUAUUGAACAAGCCUUACUUGAUCUUGGGGCAAGUGUUAAUCUACUUCCGUACUCUGUUUAUCAAGAGCUUGGGUUGGGAGAGAUGAAACCUACUCGUGUUACACUCCAAUUAGCAGAUCGAAGUGUUCGUGUACCAAGGGGAGUAGUGGAAUAUGUUCUAGUCCAAAUUGAUCAGUUUGUCUAUCCGCCACGGCGGAUGCAGUUAUCAACUGUCGAAAUGGACUUCUCAAUAUGA